AUGGUUCUGGAGGCUGGAAAGUCCGAGGGCACGGCACUAGCAUCUGCUCGGCAUCUGGAAAUGGCCAGACCUCAGAGAGAGUCAGUGUGCAGGUUGGGGCUACUGUCCCAAGAGGGACACCUAAGUGGAAGUGAGGAAACUGAGGCAAAAGCCUAUACAUUGGCUUAUACACUCUGUAGGGCACAGCCAAAGGGGAAACUGUGGGUCAGUGGAUAUGCAGAGGCCUAGGGCACGGGGGAUGCCAGGGUGCAACAGAGAUUGACCCCAUUGAGUUUCCACAUUGAACGUGGGAGGGGGGUGUUGGAGACGUUUAGCAUUCUGUCCGGACACCGGCCCGAGCGCCCCGCAGACGGGCGGGCGGCUGUGGACGCUGGGUCAGCAGCCCGCAGCAUGGAUUCAGAUUCCGGGGAGCAGAGCGAGGGCGAGCCCGUGACCGCCGCAGGUCCCGAUGUUUUUAGUUCUAAGAGUCUUGCCCUUCAAGCCCAGAAGAAGAUUCUGAGCAAAAUAGCCAGCAAAACCAUGGCCAACAUGUUGAUUGACGACACCAGCAGCGAGAUCUUUGAUGAGCUCUAUAAAGUCACCAAAGAGCACACUCACAACAAGAAGGAAGCUCACAAGAUCAUGAAAGACUUAAUCAAAGUGGCAAUCAAAAUUGGGAUCCUCUACCGGAACAACAAGUUCAGCCAAGAGGAGGUUGUUAUUGUGGAGAAGUUCCGGAAGAAGCUGAACCAGACCGCCAUGACCAUCGUCAGCUUCUAUGAGGUGGAAUACACCUUUGAUAAGAAUGUGCUGUCCAAGCUCCUGCACGAGUGCAAGGACCUGGUGCAUGAACUGGUGCAGCGACACUUGACGCCCAGGACCCAUGGGCGCAUCAACCACGUCUUCAACCACUUUGCCAAUGUGGAAUUCCUCUCCACCCUCUAUAGUCUGGAUGGAGACUGUAGGCCCAACCUCAAGAGGAUCUGUGAAGGAAUCAAUAAAUUGCUAGAUGAGAAAGUCCUUUGAAUGCCUUCCCUCCUCCUGGACUUGGCUGCUUUAAAGUUAUAGCACCCAACACGGGCCGGGUGAGAAUCAAGAAAACAAGCAGAAACCCUUGUCAAAGAUGUCCAUGUUCUGUUCUGUUCAUCCUUCUGAUGCUGAUUCUAAACUGAGUGCAGGUGUGUUUAUCCCCUGAGCGUUAUCUGAUGAGGUCUGCACCUAAAGUCACCUGCAAGCCUAAAGGACAUUUCAUCUAUUCUAAGCAGACAGGCUGCUUUGCUGAUCACGGUGAUCUCAGUUCAUCUCGUGGAGUGGAAGGAGCCCUGGACCAGGAGCCAGAGGACAUGGAUUCGGUUUCCAGCUCCACCAGUGACGACUCUGUCCUCUCUAUCCUGCAAUCACAUGAUGCCGGUCUGCCUACCUCACAGUGCUAUUGUGAGGAUUGAAUGAGAUGAUGUAUGUUCGUGCUUUUGAAAAUAUUAAUGUAAGGUCUUAAUAUUUUGUGUUCUGAAUGUGAGAGGAAUAAACCUGGAGCCAGGCUAUUAAACAGCAUAGAAGAAAAGAACAAUAGAAUCUAAUGGGCUAGGUUUGCAAUUUAUCCCUAAAUGUGCUGCCUCAAAUGAAAUAAAAUGAGAUCCAAAGGUGUGAAAAAUUAUGGCUACCAAUUGAAAAAAUGUUUUUCAAGAGUUGUGUUUUUUAGGUCUUAGAGGUGCAGGGUUAUGAUUCUGUGGAGGGAAACUUCC